AUGCGGCAUCCAAGCCAGUACUCUAUCUCACUGGCGCCCGCUCCUCCUCCUGCUGAACGGUGCAAUGGGAGAUUGGGCGUUGGCGAUGACUUCUCCUAUGCCAGAAGGAAGAAGAAGAAUCCGCGAACCAUUCGCGCUUGUGAUCUUUGCAGGAUUAAAAAGGCCAAGUGCGACGGAGACACACCGUGUAAAAGUUGCAUCCGACGGGGAACCUCGUGUACAUACACCCAUGUACGGAGAAACUCCCGGCCUUAUACAGUAUUGGCCUAUGCCGAAAUGCUAGGGCGACAACAAGCCACCCUUAUCGAAGCCAUCCAGAUACUUCAUCACCGGCUCAUAACGGGUGAGGCAAUGGACGACCUUGCCGCCCAGCCCAUGAAAGAGGACUCGAGUGUGAAUGACAUCCUGCAGCAUCUUGGGUUGACUCCGCUCGACCUCUCCGAGGCUGACAGCGAGCACGGCGGAAGAUACUCACAGUCAACCGUCUCACCGGCCAGCUCCUCCACCACUCCCCCUGCCAGUGCCGGGGACUGUCACCCAGCGCCUCAGCUGGAAUGGGGUGACUACCAGGACCCAUUGACAAGCCCUGACAAGAUGGCUGGUAUUGAAACUCCUGCUAAGCGCUCGCAAGGUCAGUCUGUUGGAGGCUUCGAGCCCUUAGCCACGGAUGAUCCAUUCAACUAUGACUUUUGGGGCAACGACGGUGGAUUGGAGGCCCAGAAUUUCCUCGAAACAUCGCCGUCGCCUUAUGACCCAUUCUCAGAUGCGCAGCUUGGCUGGGAUUUCGCGGAAACAUGCCCUCUGUCUUACCUCGCGCCUGCUGGGAAGUCGGGAAAUCAUCAGAACUUUAGACUUGUAUUUUAG